AUGGAAGGAAGAAAAAGUGUCGCAAACAAUUCGUCGACUACCUCUGCAGUUAAAGUUCCUACAACUUAUGUCUCACCAUUCUCAAAACCCUUACAACCUCCUAUAAUACCAAAGCAACUUCCUCAUACAAUUGCAAACAAUUCGUCGACUACCUCUGCAGUUAAAGUUCCUACAACUUAUGUCUCACCAUUCUCAAAACCCUUACAACCUCCUAUAAUACCAAAGCAACUUCCUCAUACAAUUGCAAACAAUUCGUCGACUACCUCUGCAGUUAAAGUUCCUACAACUUAUGUCUCACCAUUCUCAAAACCCUUACAACCUCCUAUAAUACCAAAGCAACUUCCUCAUACAAUUGCAAACAAAUUGUCCAACAAUUCAAGACAUUCUACUCAAGAAAAUACCAUACAAACAAACGAAACAACAGAUACAGUUGUACCAGACACAACAGGACAAGUUUUACAGUCUUCUCCAAUUGCAAACCAAUUGUCCAACAAUUCAAGACAAUCUACUCAAGAAAAUACCAUACAAACAAACGAAACAACAGAUACAGUUGUACCAGACACAACAGGACAAGUUUUACAGUCUUCUCCAAUUGCAAACCAAUUGUCCAACAAUUCAAGACAAUCUACUCAAGAAAAUACCAUACAAACAAACGAAACAACAGAGGAACAACCAAGCGCGUCAUCGAUGACGACAAGGUCCCAGAUGAGAUACCUCGCGUUCGCGAAGCAAUUUCAAUCAGGAGAUACAGAAAAUACAGAAGAAAACACUACCAUACCUGAACGUGUUCGCAGGCAAUAUGCUAAAAAAAGACUUCAACUCCUUGAAAAACUCAAAAACCAAUGGGGAAUUCAAGACGACACCGAUUAUUCGGAAGUGUUUCAGUCUGUUAUGGAUAGUUUGCAACCAGUUGAAAAUGAAGUUAAAGACCCAGGUGUUCUCGUGGACUUGUUUGUUCAAUACUUGCC